GAGAAAAAGGCGUUCCACUCCCCAUUCCUCAACAGUGGCUUUCCUCACCUCACAAGUCACAAAUGGUUUCCUCUCCAACGGAAUUUUCAGCGUUAACAAUAAAUAGGAACGACCACAAACACAAUGAAGAGUUUUAGCGCAGCUCUUCUGAGAGAAAACAGCGAAAGAGACUCUGGUAAAACAAAACUAUGAUCCGCGGCGUCACUGAGGAAUGCCUCCCGCGUUUUUGUGUGACACGAAAAGAGCCAAAAAACAAACGCGACUCCCUCAGAGACAAGCACCAAUUUGGAUUAUGUGUUUGACCAAUGUCAACAUACGGAAGAAAUAAGGACGCGAGCGCACGAGAAAAGCACCAGGAAUGAAUCGCUCUUUUAUCAAGGUUUUGGCUUUAUUUACUUAUCUAAUGGAGUCGAUCAACUUAAGAGCGGUGGAAGCUAAGGAGCACGACCCCAGGUCCUCAUCAAACCUGUCUCCCUCAGACUUUCUCGACUCCCUCAUGGGCCGUACAUCCGGCUACGACGCACGAAUCAGACCCAAUUUUAAAGGUCCACCAGUUAAUGUCACCUGCAACAUAUUUAUCAACAGCUUUGGUUCUAUAGCAGAAACUACUAUGGAUUACCGAGUGAACAUCUUUUUGCGGCAGAAGUGGAAUGACCCUCGGCUGGCAUACAGCAAAUACCCCGACUCCUCCCUGGACUUAGACCCCUCCAUGUUGGACUCCAUAUGGAAGCCUGAUCUCUUCUUCGCCAACGAGAAAGGCGCCAACUUCCACGAUGUCACCACGGACAACAAGCUGCUUCGGAUCUUCAAGGAUGGCACGGUUCUCUACAGCAUCAGGCUGACACUGAUCCUGUCCUGCCCUAUGGAUCUUAAGAACUUUCCCAUGGAUGUCCAAACAUGCACAAUGCAGCUAGAAAGUUUUGGCUACACAAUGAAUGAUUUGGUCUUCGAGUGGCUUGAGAAUGGAGCUGUCCAAGUGUCCGAAGGUCUCACUUUGCCUCAGUUCAUCAUGAGGGAGGAGAAGGAGCUGGGAUACUGCACAAAGCAUUACAACACCGGCAAAUUCACCUGUAUAGAAGUUAAAUUCCACUUGGAGAGACAGAUGGGAUACUACCUGAUCCAGAUGUACAUCCCAUCCCUGCUAAUCGUCAUCCUCUCCUGGGUGUCUUUUUGGAUAAACAUGGAUGCGGCCCCGGCCAGAGUAGCACUGGGCAUCACCACUGUGUUGACAAUGACCACACAAAGCUCGGGCUCUAGGGCUUCUCUUCCAAAGGUCUCUUAUGUAAAAGCCAUUGACAUCUGGAUGGCUGUCUGUCUGCUCUUCGUUUUUGCGGCGCUGCUUGAAUACGCUGGGGUUAAUUUUGUCUCCAGGCAACAGAAAGAGUUUCUUCGCUUGAGGAGAAGACAACGGAGGAAUCAAAAAGAUGAUGACAUGCAUGAAGGCCGCUUUAACUUGGCCAGCUACAACAUGAGCCUGCCAACCAAAGAUGGCUCAGCUGUGAAGAACGCAGCUCCAGCUCCUAACGCUCCUCUGCCGCCCGCUCCCAAAGACACAGACGCCAUGAAGAAGAAGUUUGUGGAUCGCGCCAAAAGGAUAGACACCAUCUCCAGGGCAGCCUUUCCACUGGCCUUCCUCAUCUUCAACGUCUUCUACUGGGUUACCUACAAAAUCAUCAGACACGAGGACAUCCAUCAGAAAUAGACUGAUGAAUACACUCAGAAAGCACAAAAUCAGAGACAGUUUACAAGAAGACACAUGGUGGGUGUUUUUUUCAGGGAUAACGUCACAUGUUGCAGUGUUCAGGAAAUACAAUGUUUAAGUACCUAAGACAAUAACAUUCUUGCAGAGGAUGGUUUGUUAAAAUUCUAGACAAGAGCAGACCAAAACACCACCAUAAAGUCACUCUACAUUCCAUGAAUUACAAAUAAAAGCAAAUAAUUACUGUUGAGGAAAUGCAGCAUAAACUACACCUCAAGUUCACUGAGGCCUGCGGUGUUAUUUAUCCAUGCAGGAAUUUCUUCAAUCAAGCCUAACUUUAUUGUAGUGCUGUUUGCUACACCCAUUCAAUAGCUGCAAUUAAUUUGCAUAUAGUUAUUACAUUUGGGGGUGUGCACACUGGCAGAGUAAUAAUCACUUGCCUCUCAGCAAAGAGAUGGCAAACUCAUAAUCCAUUUAACACACAAUACCCAUUUAAAGGCCACAUUUGCUAGAGUGAAGGAACAGCAAACAAAACAGAACAACAUUUUAAACUUUAGAAUCAAGGUUGUAUUGUUUUAUAUUGUCAGUGUUUUCAAAGCACUUCCUCACAGUUUGUAUGAAAGAAGCACAUGGAGUAUACUCUAGAACAUUGAACAGCAGGGCACAUCUUAGGCAUGGACUCAGAUAAAAAUCGGACGCUGCAUUUUUAUGAAAUACCUGAAGCCUUAGAUAUCAAAGACCUGGUGAGAUGAAGUGUUUUCAGGCAUCUCCUCUUGUUCGGUGGUUUUGAUCUUUUCUACCCGUGGCCAAGUAUCCAAAGGUUCUUCUACAGUAAAUGUGUUUUUCUGUGGAUAUUACAGUCAUACUCAAAUGAUGUCAAUGAAAUCAAUUCAAAUCAGACAAUUCCUUUGAAGGACAUUCUUUUAGAUCCAAUUUAACAGAUAAACCUUAAAGGAAGAAAUUCAAACUGUGAAACUGCAUUACUCGACGUUGCUCCACACGUCUCUUCUGUACUGGUAUUUUUAAAGUUUUAAACCUUUUGUAGAUUUAGUCUGUUCUAUAAUUGAAAUAUAUAUUUAUCACGGGGGAGGGGGUAAUAGUAUUCAAAUCUCCCCCUAGAAUGGUUAUCUUAAUUAAUUUCCUAUGGUGUUGACUGAAAAUGUUUCAAGAUGGUUUUAUAUGACAUUUAUUUGAAUGAUUAUUGGUUCUUGCACUUCAGACGUCCUUUAUAUACAAUUGUCUUUUAAAAGGUUGUUUUUUUGACUCAUACAUCAAUAAAAUUGGCUGUGCACAUAUUGAUUUU